UGGGGGAAAGGAACAUGACAGUUGGCGCUGAAGGCUGAGCCCGUGACUCACCACCACCCCCACGCUCGUGAUGGGGAGGAGAUACUGACACACUCACGUGCCAUUCCCAGCACACGUGACCAUGUGCCCUGCACACACCUGGCACAUGGCAACUGAGACCACACACAGGCCUGGCAUGGGGACCUCUGCAGCUGGUAGGUGGGCCAUCCCCAUCAUACAUAUGACACAUAUAUCUGACCACUAACCUCCUCAUCCUUCUUGGGUAACACCUACAGCCUCCUAGCACCUCCUACAGCUCCAGCCAGGCCUGUGGCCCAGACUAGGCCUUUGCUUAUGCAGGGACCCUAAUAUAGAACACCUAUUUUCUCUAAAUGCAAUCCAUUACAGAAGGCUUGGUCCACUGCUACCAUCUACAGUAUGCCUGACCAGGCCUCACUUUAGUUACUCCUGUAUCAUCUGAAAAGACCUCACUAACUCAAAUAAAUUGGAAAGUCCAAGUAGAAGGUUCUAAUCUAGGAAAAAAGACUCUAAAAAGCUAAAUUCAUCCCUUAGAUUUUUCAAGUGAGGAAAAAUAGGCCUCAACAGCAGCAAAAACCUGCCUAAGUGCACAAUACCAGUCCAAGGCAGAGCCUGGUUUCUUCUUUGGCUCCCAUGUCGCGUGUCAUUGCCCUCAGGACAAACCCAGACUGCCUGAGUGCAGACAGGCCCUAGCUUUAAGAGCUCAUUAAUUUCCAGCAGCCUCUUGCUCUGCUUGUCAUGCACCCUCAGCAUACAACUAGAGACCAUCCUGCCUGCCAGGCAAUGGAGGCUGGGGACUAAGAGUACAGCUCUUAGGUAGGAUCAACUUCUGGGUUGGAAUCCUGGCUCUGUCUUGUCCUAAUUAUAGGAAUUUGUACAAGUUACUUAACUUCUUUGGGCCUCGAUUUCUUUGUAAACUCAGGAAAGUAGUUUUUCCCUCAGAGAGUUUUUGAGAGGAUUAAACUAAGUAAUGCAUAGAAAGCACUAGGCAUAAUUUCUAGCACAUCACCUCAUACUCAGAUGUCAGCUAUUAAUUUUGGGCUCCUUGAGAUUCUAAUAAAUAGCUUUGGCUUCAUACCUCACAAUCACCCUUUGAGACAGAGGCUGUUAUUUUACCCCCCAUUUUAUAGAUGAGGAAACCGAGGCAAAGAGGAGUUGCUUUGCUCAAGGUCACAGAAAGUGACAGGGCCAGGACUGCAGUCCAGGCAGCCUGGUAUAACCAACAUGAAUCAUCUUAGGGAAUUAGUAGAAAGCUAGGACACUCAGAAAGUAACAGAAAGGCAAAGCAAAGGUGACUAAAAAGUCAAACCUAGAUCUUAAGGUGUGUGGCUUCCUGGUACCUUUUUGGCCUCAGGUGGGUAAAUACCUCGAAGUUUCCUCAUCUGAGAAAUGAGAAGGGUCAGGGAGGUCUGACCAAGUGCAUUUCUUCCAGCUCCCCUGUCCUUGAGUGCACGGGUAGCUCUUUGAAAACGCAGUGGUGAUGGUUUUGGUUUGGGGAUUUAAACCAGGGCCUUGUGCGGGCUAGGCAAGUGCCCUGCUCUUGUACUUAGCCACACCUUCAGCCCUCUCUGAAAACACUGGCAAUGGAGCUGGGCCAGUCUGUUGGACACACGUGGUCUCAUCUUCCCUGAGCUGUGCAAGGUCAGUCACCCUGACAGGUGACAGGCAGCAAAUAGUCUGUUACUGCUAUAGGAUCACCUUCAGGCUCUCACUCGAGACUGUUCUCUGGUCCUCUAACCGCGUUUCUUUGAACGAAACUUGCUCUUUUUCUUCAUUUCCCAUUUCCUCCCGUAUCCCUUGAGUUUUUCUCGUUUCCCGACUCCUCGAUUUACCAACACAGUGUAUCCAACCCAUCCCACUGCCCCGUUCCCUUUUUCCACUCUCUUCUUUUUUUUCCCCUGUAAUAGAACCAGCCUGGUAUCUCGGUUCCCACGUUUAUUCCUCCUUGUGAUCGAUGCCAGUUCCCCCUCCCCCCUCUUCUUUCACUCUGGGUGGUGUUUCACUUUCUCUCUUUUGCCCUCAGGAGCUCCAGCGCUUCAAUUCCACUCCUCCUGCUGUCGGGUAACAAACACCUCAAUUGCCGGCACCUCCCCCAAUAUCCAAUGCCAACUCUAGCCUAGCACCCCCAAGAUGGCGCCCACAGUCUCGCCCCGCCUACUGACGUCAUCGCGCUGGCCUCCGUUCAGCGCUCCUCGAGUCGGAGGCGGAGUCGAAGAAAGGUUGGAGGAGGAGCAUCCUCCAGGCUAAAGAGGCGGGCACUAUCAACCUGAGGGCUGGCCAAUGAGUGAACGUCGCUAGAGGAUUGGUUAGGCGCCAAGGGAGAGCCCUACCCUUUGCCCUAUUGGCCCAAACCUCAUAGACAUGAUUGUCGAUUGGCUGGGCAGCAGGUGCCAGACGGGCAGUGAUUGGGCGCGUUUUGCCGUCUGUGCAGCGGCCGAGGAGGAAGGUGGGAGGGGCGUUGCUGAGGGCGGCCGGGGGCGAGAGCUAGGCUGUGGAGGAGGCGAGAGGAGACGGCGAGAGCUAGAGAGGACGCGGUGCUAAGCUUUGGUGUGAGGCUGGCCGUGACCGGGGCCUGGGGUGUUCGAGACAGCUGAAGCAGGUGAGGACCUCGAUGCUGCCAUGACUGAAGAGUCAGAAGAGACGGUCCUGUACAUCGAGCACCGUUAUGUCUGCUCUGAGUGCAAUCAGCUGUAUGGAUCCCUGGAGGAGGUGCUUGUGCACCAGAACUCCCACGUGCCUCAGCAACAUUUUGAGCUCGUGGGUGUGGCUGACCCUGGUGUCACUGUUGCCACAGAGGCAGCUUCAGGCACAGGCCUCUAUCAGACCUUAGUACAGGAGAGUCAGUACCAAUGCCUAGAGUGUGGGCAGCUGCUGAUGUCACCCAGCCAGCUCCUGGAGCACCAGGAGCUGCACUUAAAGAUGAUGGCACCUCAGGAGGUAGUGCCAGCUGAGCCACCACCCAAGGUACCCCCACUGAGCUCCAGUACCAUCCACUAUGAGUGUGUGGAUUGCAAGGCUCUGUUUGCCAGCCAGGAACUUUGGCUGAGCCACCGGCAGACCCACCUCCGGACAACACCUACCAAGCCGUCUGCCCCAGUGGUCUUGGGGUCUCCAGUUGUCCUGGGUCCCCCUGUUGGCCAGGCCCGCGUGGCUGUGGAACACUCUUACCGGAAGGCAGAAGAGGGUGGGGAAGGGGCAGCUAUUCCAUCUGCAGCUGCCACUACCACUGAGGUCGUGACUGAGGUGGAGCUGCUUCUCUAUAAGUGCUCUGAAUGUUCCCAGCUCUUCCAGCUGCCAGCUGACUUCCUGGAGCAUCAGGCCACCCACUUUCCUGCUCCUGCCCCAGAAUCUGAGGAGCCUGCCUUACAGCCGGAGACUCUGACUCCAUCACCUGUAGAAGUACCUGUGUCUCAGCCUGACCCUCUGCCAGCCUCUGACCACAGUUAUGAGCUGCGCAAUGGCGAAGCCAUUGGAAGAGAUCGCCGUGGGCGCAGGCCACGGAGGAACAACAGUGGAGACCCAGGCGGGACAGCUACCCAGGAGCUCUUCUGCUCAGCCUGUGACCAGCUCUUUCUCUCGCCCCACCAGCUACAGCAGCACCUGCGGAGUCACCGAGAGGGUGUCUUUAAGUGCCCCUUGUGCAGUCGUGUCUUUCCCAGCCCUUCUAGUCUGGACCAGCACCUUGGAGACCACAGUAGUGAGUCCCACUUUCUGUGUGUAGACUGUGGCCUGGCCUUCGGUACAGAGGCCCUCCUCCUGGCACACCGGCGAGCCCACACCCCAAAUCCUUUGCAUUCGUGUCCGUGUGGGAAGACCUUUGUAAACCUCACCAAGUUUCUUUAUCACCGGCGUACCCAUGGAGCAGGGGGUGUCCCUCUGCCCACAACCCCAGUUCCACCAGAGGAACCUGUCAUCAGUUUUCCUGAGCCAGCCCCAGCAGAGACUGGAGAACCAGAGGCCCCAGAACCCCCUGUGUCUGAGGAGAGCUCAGCAGAGCCCGCUGCCUCUGGCACCUAUCGUUGCCUCUUAUGUAGCCGUGAAUUUGGCAAGGCAUUGCAGCUGACCCGGCACCAACGUUUUGUGCACCGCCUGGAGCGGCGCCAUAAAUGCAGCAUUUGUGGCAAGAUGUUCAAGAAGAAGUCUCAUGUGCGGAACCAUCUACGUACCCACACAGGGGAGCGCCCCUUCCCCUGCCCUGACUGCUCCAAGCCUUUCAAUUCACCUGCCAACCUAGCCCGUCACCGACUCACACACACUGGGGAGCGCCCCUAUCGCUGUGGGGACUGUGGCAAGGCUUUCACACAGAGCUCUACCCUGAGGCAGCACCGCCUGGUGCAUGCCCAGCACUUCCCCUACCGCUGCCAGGAAUGUGGGGUGCGUUUUCACCGCCCUUACCGCCUGCUCAUGCACCGCUACCACCACACUGGUGAGUACCCCUACAAGUGUCGUGAGUGCCCACGCUCCUUCUUGCUGCGCCGGCUACUGGAGGUGCACCAGCUCGUGGCUCAUGCUGGGCGCCAGCCCCACCGCUGCCCAUCUUGUGGAGCGGCCUUCCCCUCUUCACUGCGGCUUCGAGAGCACCGCUGCGCAGCAGCUGCCACCCAAGCCCCACAGCGCUUUGAGUGUGGGACCUGUGGCAAGAAGGUGGGCUCGGCUGCUCGGCUGCAGGCACAUGAGGCAGCUCAUGCAGCUGCCGGCCCCGGAGAGGUCCUGGCUAAGGAGCCCCCGGCUCCUAGGGCUCCGAGGGCCACUCGCACACCAGUCACUGCCCCAGCAGCUGUCGGUGGUACUACCACUACAGCCCCUGCAGCUCCUGCUCGACGCCGGGGCUUAGAGUGCAGCGAGUGCAAGAAGCUCUUCAGCACAGAGACAUCAUUGCAGGUACACCGACGCAUCCACACAGGCGAGAGGCCAUAUCCAUGUCCAGACUGUGGUAAGGCCUUCCGUCAAAGUACUCACCUGAAAGACCACCGGCGUCUGCACACAGGUGAGCGGCCCUUUGCCUGUGAAGUGUGUGGCAAGGCCUUUGCUAUCUCCAUGCGCCUGGCAGAGCAUCGCCGGAUCCACACUGGUGAACGGCCCUACUCCUGCCCUGACUGCGGCAAGAGCUACCGCUCCUUCUCUAAUCUCUGGAAGCAUCGCAAGACCCACCAGCAGCAGCAUCAGGCAGCUGUGCAGCAGCAGCUGGCAGAGGCGGAAGCAGCUGUUGGCCUGGCUGUGAUGGAGACUGCAGUGGAAGCACUGCCUUUGGUGGAAGCCAUUGAGAUCUACCCUCUGGCUGAGGCUGAUGGGGUUCAGAUCAGUGGCUAACUACCCCAUUUUGUGCUUCCACAACUGUGCCCUGUUGCUGAAGGCCCUUCUCUAACAUCCCCAUAAGCCUCUGUACAUACUGUGUCCCUUCCUCCUCCCCUCCUACUGCCAUGUAAGUUCUAAAAUUGGAUAUAUUCUAUUUUCAGAGGGGGGUGCUCUGGGGUCCUUGUUAUGCUUAAAGGUGCCCCCACCCCACCUGGUGGCCCCAAAGUGAAGUCAAUAAAUGUAAGUUGAACA